CAUUCCCUCCUGCUGCGCCUACACUGGGGCACUCCCAGUGGCCCAAGCUGCCUUCUGGGUUUCUAACUGGGGUUUCUAACUGCUGAAAGCCUGCGUCCCAAGGUCUGCCUCUCCCCGGGAACCUCACCUCGGGCGCAUUUUUCUCUUAGUGGAUUCCAAAAGUCCCACGGUUAGGACCAUUUAAGUUUGCGUGUAUUAACGCUCACCGUGUCCUAGUCGGCUCUAAAUCUCAGGCUUUUAUUUGUCCAUCCGGCUUUGGAGCUGAAGCUGGAAGAGGGCAGCUGACAUCCGGUUGCACGGAGGCACGGACACUGGGCUCAGGAGGAGUGGCGCGCUGCAGGUCCACCUGGACCUGGGGACCCUUCCCGGGCCCUGGCGGUGGUCGUGCAGUCACGUGGCCUGAGGACGCGCGGCGGUGCGGGGCGAGCCACUGGAGGGGCGUUGUAGCAAAACCACCAUUUUGAAAUGCCCAGUGUUGAAAGCCGGACUUCACCACACUCCAUCCUGAAGGGAGGGGGCUGAGUGUCUGCAGCAGCUGCUCCCUGAGUGUAACCAAACAGCCUGUUUCCCCCUGUGAUAAAAACAGCGGUUGGCUGAUGAGCAGAGUGUCGAGGUCGUCGAGUGAGACUGGAGAUACCUGGGAAACAGAGGAGGAUGACAUGACCGAAGGUGACCUAGGGUAUGGCCUCGGAAGAAGACCUGGGGGUGUUUAUGAAGUUUCGUGUUCGAUUGCAUCUAAGAAAAGGUCAGGUGGAAAGAACCUGAGCCCUCCUCCGUUUCCAAGAAAUGGGGAAGAAAGAAGCGAAACCGUUUUUCAGUAUUCCAGGAAUAAGGGCUUGCAGGACGCGUGCGCUCACGGAUGCAGAGCGUCCAGCUACAGACGGCUGAGCAGCACUGAUUCUAACUCAGAAUUGUCAAAUGAGCAAUUAAGGCAACGUCUUCAUGAAACUUUAGAGGAAGUAGAGAUUUUAAAAACUGAACUUGAAGCAUCUCAAAGACAACUUGAAGGGAAAGAAGAAGCAUUGAAAAUUCUUCAGAGCAUGGCAGUGCUUGACAAAGCCACAAGUCACACACAGACAGUGCUUCAGAAAACCAUAGAACAGAAGAGAUCUUUGGAGAAGGAAAUAAAUGUCUUGCAGUGGGAAAUGGAAUUUGAUCAGGAUAGAUUUAAAAAUAUAGAGGAAUCUUGGAUCCAAAAAUAUGACAGACUUAACUGUGACAAUGCAGUCCUCCGAGAGAAUCUGAAGGUGAAAACAGAAGAAAUUAAAAUGCUCAAGUCUGAAAAUGCUGCUUUGACUCAGCGGUGUUUGGAGGCCCUCGCCAUGCUUGAUAUCAAGCAGCAGAAGAUGGCUCGAGAGAGCGUGAGUCAGGAGGACAGUGGCUUUACAGAGACCUCAGGUCUCGAGCUUGCAGUCCUUGGAGCCUGCCGGUGUCUCGGGCCUGGAGGGAACCCCUGUGCUUGUGCCAGAAUGGCAGCAUCCACUCGGAAACUGGUUCUUCAGCUCAAGCAAGAGUUGGAAAUUCUGCAGAAAAGUAAGGAAGAGGCUCACGUCAUGGCAGAUGCAUUCAGAAUCGCUUUUGAGCAACAACUAAUGAGGAAAAACGACCAGGCCCUGAGACUGGUACGCGCGGCUACGUGCAGAACAGCAUCGUGGCUAAACAGGCAGCACCCGAAAGAGGACGGAUAUUCAUCACAAAGGAGAAAGAAGACCUUAGGGCAGAGGCUUCUGGGGAUACUCCCUUCAGAAAACAGUUCCAAGAGGACUGAAGACCAAGACAAUCAGCACGAAGUCUUCAAGAUGCUAAUAGACUUGUUGAAUGACAAAGAAGAAGCAUUGGCUCAUCAAAGAAAAGUCAGCUACAUGCUUGCUCGGGCGCUGGAAGACAAAGACACUGCAGCAAAGAAUAAAGACACAAUUCCCACGAACCAGAAUUUCCCACUCACAGCCUCCUGGCAGGAAGCUUCAGAAGGCUGUGUUCUGCAUGAUCCAGCACACUCAAAGGUCCAUGUUGCUGAUGCUGUGGGCUGCAUUUGUUCAGUCCAGCAUCCCCAGAGAGACUCAGGCUGCUCAAGAACUCUUAAAAGAUCCUGUUCUUUGCCAUCAGAUAUAUUUUAAAAACAAACCAGAUGAAAUUAGAGUUGCUAAAUAUCA